AUGGCAACCCCUGAUACUGAAUCAUCAGCGGCGCAUUAUUCUGAUUCCUUGAAGCCUUUACUCGAUCAACUACCCAAAAUAAGCUAUGGAGAUACCUUUACUCUGUACCAGUGGGAAGGAUUUUGGUAUGCACCUCGCCAUUUGGAAGCUGCAAAAUCAGUUCAAUCAAAUUUUGAAGCAAGGGACGACGAUAUCAUCUUGGCUUCCUCUCUAAAAACAGGUACCAUUUGGCUCAAGGCACUCCUUUUUUGCAUCAUGGGGCCUAAAAUUAGCGACAUCAAUGAAGACCCUUUACUCAAAAACCAUCCUGCUGUCUAUGUACAGACCCUGGAGACCCAAACUUACCUAGCAAAUCCUAAUCCUGAUCUCUCUAGCAUGCCGACACCAAGGCUCUUUCACACUCACAUGCCCUAUAACGUCUUGCCUGACUCCAUAAAAAAUUCCAAGUGUAAAAUGGUUUAUAUAGUCCGCAAUCCCAAAGAUACCUUGGUCUCCAUGUGGCAUUUUUUUAGUACUGUCAAGCAAUAUCCUAUUCAGGUGUUAUUUGAGGGAUUCUGUAACGGAGUACAUCCAUUUGGUCCAUUUUUUGAUCAUGUGUUACAAUUUUGGAAUGAGAGCUUAAGGGCACCAGAAAAGGUGCUUUUCCUCAAGUAUGAAGAGCUGAAAAGUGACCCGAAAGGGCAAGUCAAGAAACUGGCUGCCUUCCUCGGACGACCAUUCGAAAACGAGGAGCAAGUUGAUCAAGUGUUAUGGAGGAGCAGCUUGGAAAGGCUUAAGAACUUGGAGGUGAAUAAGACUGGGUUCGACCCCUGGGCUCAAAUGCCUAAUAGCUCUUUUUUCAGGCGCGGUGUGGUUGGGGACUGGAAGAACGCCCUUACCCCUGAGAUGGAAGAAAGGCUUGACCAAAUUACAAAGACGAAGUUGGCAGGAUCGGGUCUUGAUCUGGUCUUUGUUGUCCCCUGUUGA